UCAAAAAGUUUAUCAUCUUAUUUGAAAGUACUGAAAUAUCCCUUCAAAAUCUAUUUUGAAAGUUGAAAAACUAUUUAUUCAUCUCUGAGAAAUUGUUUGUUGAAAUUACUGAGUUUGAAUUGUAGGUAGAAUUGCAAAAUUCAAAAUGGCAGAUCCAAUAUGUCAGCAGAUUUUGAAAAAAUUGAUUAAAUUCGCUUGAAUGUUUUCAAAAUUUAAAAUUCGUGACGUCACAUUCGUAAUCAGUGACCUUGAAGAUCCCUAAGAAAUGAGUUUCAAUAGAAUCAGAUGGACUUAAAAAAAAUCCGCUAUAUUGGAUCCACCAUUUUGAAUUUUGCAAAUCUAAAAAUUAGAAAGUAGUUCCACAUUGAAAGUGGUUACUAAGGGGUUUUCGGAGUCGCUGAUUACGAAUCUGACAUCAGUUUUUCAAAAUUUAAAAUGGAGGAUUCAAUAUGGCGAACCAAAGCUACUAAAAACGAGCAGAUUUGCCUGAAAUUUGUUACUCAGGGAUUUUCGGGGUCCUUCAUUACGAAUCCAAUGUCAGUUUUUCAAAAUUCAAAAUGGCGUAUCCAAUAUGGCGGAAAAUUGUUCAAAAUUGAUCGGAAUCGCCUGAAAAUUGUUAUUCAGGGGUUUUUGGGGUCGCUGAUAACGAAUCUAACAUCAGUUUUUCAAAAUUCAAAAUGGCGGAUCCAAUAUGGCGGAAGAUAAAAUUAAAAAUUGGUCGGAUUCUCGUGAAACUGGUAACUUGGGGGUUUUCAGAGUCGCUAAUUGUGAAUCUGACAUCAGUUUUUCAAAAUUCAAAAUGGUGGAUUCAAAUUUUUAUAAUUUCAAUCCGCCAAUUUGAAUUUUGAAAAACUGAAGUCAAAUUUGUAAAUCCCUGAGUAAUGAGUUUCAGGCGAAUAUGAUGAAUUUUCAAAAAGCUGUUUGCCAUAUUGAAUUCGACAUUUUGAAUUUUGAAAAUUUUUAAAAACAGACAUCGGAUUUGUGAUCACCAACCCCGAAAACCUUAAGAUGACAAGUUUCAUAAAAAUCCAUUAGAAUUUUUUUCAACACACUUUUCGCCCAAACAGUGAAAAUCUUGUUGACAGUCUAGGGGUUAAAAGGGGUCAAAAUAAAGGAGGUGUCCACCCCCCACAUUGGGAAUAAUAUAACUAACAAUAUUUAGUUGUAUUGAGGACAUAACAUAAAAAAAUAGAAUUCAAUUAUAUUGUUUAAUUAAAGUAGAUAUAUAUAUGUGUGUCUGUUCUAGUUUCUCACAAUAUUUUCAGCAAUGAAAGAAAUUGCAGUCUAAAAGUAUCUGCAUAAAUUAGACUUUGUAAUAGUAUAUAUCGAGGUUGUAAUGAAAAAGAAAGAAAGAAAGAAAGAAGAAGAAGAAGAAGAAAAUUCUGAGAACUAAUUAUCAAGUAGCAUAAGGAGUUUUCAAAGAAAUCCCUCUUGUUUCGUCAGAUGAGAGCAACUUGAAAUAUUGCAUAAGUCGGCAAUGAAACACAAAGCUACAUCGUUAGAAUAUAUAUAUAUGUAUAUUCAUAUGUAUGUAUAUUGCAUAAGGGCGCCUUCGAAUUAUUUUCCCAUACCCAUACUGUGUUCUAUAUGUAUAUCUUAUGGGUGGCUAUAAGUCGGCAGAUAUAUUCGUCAUAAUAAAAGAUUAUAAACAUCCGCCCAUGAUGUAUAGAGAAUUCACAUAGAAUGUCGACAUUAUCCCGUGUAAGGCAUAUAAGACACAAGAUCAGGACACAAUUUCUUUCAGUUCAAUUUACAAAAGAAUAACGGAUAUUUUUAGGCAUUAUGAAGCCCUUAUUAUAUCUUGUGGCAAUAGUAAUUUGUGAAGGAGCAAGAUUACCUCGAGGCAUAAGUCAUCAUAUUCCUCAUUUUAAGGCGAUAUAUCAUGGACAUGGUGCCACAAGUUAUCAAAAUGUUCAAAUUCAAAAUCACGGUUCCGUUCCUAUUGCAAAUAAUUAUGAAGAACACAUAGAUGAUCAUCAUCAUCAUUCAUCCGAUCAUUUGGAUCAUGUUGUAAAUAAUUACGUUGAUCAUGUUCAUGAUCAUCAUUUGUCGGAUCAUUUGCACAAUGAUGCGUUACAUGAAGUUCAAUUAGUAGUUGAAGUACCUUUGGAACACCACAAUGCAGAACAUAAUAUUCUCUCAACAAUUGCUCCUUAUUUAGAACACGAUCAUCAUCAUCAACAUCAUCGACAUUAUUACGAAUAUGAAGAACCAGAAUCUUCAGCUUAUUAUUUAUACAGUCAUCAACAUGAUAAUGAAUAUCAUUAGGAUUAAUAAAAAUUAGAUAAAUUUAAAAAUAUUAUUUUGAGAUACAAAAGUUUACUCGUCAUAAAGAAAAAUAUUGCUAAAUCUAAGCAAAUAAUUAUAUUUUCCAAAUUAUUUCUUUUGAUAUAGAGAAAGUUUUUCAUUUAAAAAUGCAGCAUUUGUUUUAAAUAAUUCUUUACUUCAAAAAUUUGUUAAAUAAGCAUUUAUAUUUAAACAAAAUAAUUGUAAUUCUACAAACGAGGGAAUUUUGAUCAAUAAGGCUUAUUUUCUUUAAUAAUUUUGAAAAAUAUAAUUUUAUUUUUAAUGAAAA